GAACCGCUCAACAAUAAAUAAAUAGAUAAAUAAAUUUAACAUCAAACUCAACAACUACUGAUAUUGUUCCUUCACAGCCUGCACUCUUGAGUUCUAAAAGAAGCCACAGUUGUGGAAAAAAAGUCUUCUUUUUGCAAAAAAAUAAAAUAAAAAUUCACUCAAGUCACGGAGUUCCAGAUGCCGAAGCCGAGAUGCCUGCAGAACAUCUAACAUUCUCAAUCCCAACUCUUUAUUUUUUAUAGUUUUGACCUCAUAUACAGGUGACUGCAGCGUUUUCAUUUUGACUAAUCUUCCACCGGUCUGCCCAAUUGUUUCUCUAACUUUUUGGCUUCUUCUUAAUAGUGGCACACUGCCCAUUAGUUUAUUUUUUAAAAAUAUGUUUUUACUUUGUAACACUCAGGUGGUGAGAACAGGCAUACUGUGCCAUACACUGGAUACAGUGUUACUGAUUGGUUUCACAGAGACCUAAGAGGCCUAAAGUUUUCUAGUUUCACAGAGGUUUAAAAGGCCGAACAUUUUCAUGAUUCUCCCAAACUAUUCUACAAAAAUAUACCUGUAUUUCUAAUAAAAUAUACUAUACUAUACGCUUCAAAAGGGAGAGACGUCAGUGAUUUGGUUCAUUGACUGUGUAUAGACCAGGGGUGUCCAAAUUCGGUCUUGGAGGGCCACUGUCUUGCAGAGUUUAGCUCCAACUAAACAGACCUGCCUGGAAGUUUCUAGUAUGUCUAGUAAGUCAUUGAUUAGCUGGAUCUGAUGUGUUUGAUUGGAGUUGGAGCAGGAUUGGACACCCUUGGUAUAAGGCUCACUUUGACAUAUAGUACUUAGAAAAAGGACUUAUAUUUUUCUUUCUUUUCUUUUUUUUAAAGAAAAAAAGGACUUAUGUUGAAUAAGUGGCCAUACACUGACAUCUACUGAGGCAAAUAGGGUAAUGCAGAAGUGACACCUGGAAAUGUCACUCAUGUAGCCUACUCAUAAAGUUGUGGGUUUUCCCCAGUGCUCUUCUGCUAUUCCUGAAAAUGGAGAAUGUAGAUCAAACAGUGGGCAACAUUUUGUCUGAAACACCCUCUAUUGAAGAGUUGGAAGAUAUAUUACAUGGGGGUCAGCUGUCCUGUAACCAUGUCGAUGAAGUGUGGCCUAAUUUGUUUCUAGGGGACAUGUACAUGUCUCAUGACAGAUAUGGCCUAUGGAGACUGGGUAUAACUCAUGUUUUAAAUGCUGCACAUGGUAAAAUGUGUUGCAAAGGAAGUGAUGAUUUUUAUGGGACAACCGUGAAGUACUAUGGUGUUCCGGCCAAUGAUCUGCCUACAUUCGAUAUUUCACCUUUUUUCCACCCUUCAGCACACUACAUUCAUGAUGCUCUCAGCAGAACAGGUGCUAAAGUGUUUGUGCAUUGUGCUGUGGGAGUGAGUCGUUCAGCUGCUCUGGUCUUAGCUUACCUAAUGAUACAUUGCAAUUACUCUCUGGUGGAUGCCAUCUUGAAAGUGAAAGAAAGAAGAUGGAUCUUUCCAAACCGAGGAUUUCUGAAGCAGUUGAUAACGCUCGGCAAUGAAUUAAACUACAAGGCAUAGUCAAAGUAGAUUGAUAUUUUUUUUAAACAAGUAUGCAAUUGAGAAAUCUGUAAACUCAAACAUCUACAACAACAAUCAUUAUUAACGUAAUAAUAGUUUCUCGUAUUUAUAAUUACAGCUUUGUGCUGUACUUCUGUUAGCUAUUUGAAUAAAACAAGAAAGAAUUCUAAAGCAAUAAUUAUACUAUACAUGGUCAAUAAAGAUGUCUCUUUUUUGUAAUA